AGUGGCCUCAAGUAAAGCAGAAAUCCGGGAAUGAGGCGGUGCACAGUGAGAAUCCUAUAUUUAAAUCGCAUCAGCACCUUGCCUGGGUGCUCGGGCUACAAUGUUGGCUGAAGAGGCGGCGAUUUUCUGCAAGAUACUACGUAGGACACCGAUGUAGAGAGGCGAAAGGCGGACGAUUUCUUAUCAACCUUGGAGUGAAUUUGCUAUAAAAUGUGGUAGGACUAGGCGGACCACUGGACAACUGUUAUACCACGGUAACCAGCUGAGGACUGCGAUGUGUACACCAACCUGGCCCCUUUGUCUGCUGCUCUGCUUGUUAGUUUUGGCUGUGUCCCGGACAUCAGGUGUGGUGACUGCUCCGUCCGCCCUUACUAUUACAGUGGGCCAGCCUCUUAACCUCAGCUGUAGCAUCACUCUCACCCCUAACAACAAAGUUCGUCAAAUCCGAUGGCUCAACAAAGACAAGCACACCCUGCUAGCAUACACGCCAGUCUCUCCUCCCACUGUUAGCGUCCAGGACCCCAGUGUGCACCUCAUCCUGUCCCAUCCCGAGUUCAGUACCAUUGCUAUAAAAGAGGUAAAGCCAGAGGACGAGGGUUGCUACGUCUGCAUAUUCGAUGUGUAUCCAGGUGGUCGGCAACAAGGAAAGACCUGUGUUUCAGUUACUGGAACUGUGGAACACAAAAGCAACACGACUGCAAUAGCUGGCAAGCCAACCAAUCUCUCCUGCUCGUACACGUUACCAUCAAGAGUUCUGCAAGUUGUGUGGAAGAAAAGAGGCCAGAAACGAACUGUAAUAGCAUCCUACUCCAAACAAGGGCAUUUUAGCAUUGCAGAAAUGUUUUUAAAUAGAAUUAGUUUGGAUAAAACUCUGGGCGAUUCACAGUUGUCCAUACAGGAAGUAAAGCUGGAGGAUGAGGCUUGCUAUACUUGUGAGUUCCAUACGUAUCCAGAUGGGACGAAGAGCGCAAUGACCUGCCUCACUAUCUAUGUUUUACCAACGCAAGAGAUGAACUACGUGACCCUCCCGUCCGGUGACAUAAAAGCCAACUGCAGUGUUCAGUCCAAACCUUUAGCCCAGAUUGAGUGGGACUUUGGGGGGUUCAAUCGGACACUAGGAGCCCCCAUGUACUACUCCUAUAACCACAGUGAUGGAACUACUACAGAGACCAGUACAGUCUUAUUAAAAUCAGAAGCGCUCAGUGAUGUCAAGUGUAUCAUUCAUCAUCCCGGACUAGAAAAACCUCUUGUGGUUUCUCUACCAAACAGUAUGGACUCUCUGAUCGUGCUCCUCGCCGUGUGCGGAGUGGUAGUUGUGUUACUGAUCUGUUUAUGCGUCUGCCUCUGCAAAUGCUUUUUCUGCAACGAUGACUAAUUUGGGGCCAGAUGCUGAUUUGACCUUUUCACCUUUGUCUGAAAACUGCUGCACCCUGACUGAACAAAAAGAACCGAGAAGGCAUCAAAGAGAAGACUCGCACACCUACGCAACCUCAACCUGCAAGACUAACUUUAUAAUAUUAUUUUUAAAGACGCAGAAAGCUCAUUUAAACCAGAUAAGUUCAUAAUGCCGCUAUGAGUAAGCUUAGAGAAGUUAUUCUAGCUUCACAACAUGCACAAUAAAAGCAGUGGUUGACUUGUUACUUCAUUUGUGGUCAAAGCUUUUGUGCUAUGGAACAUACGGGUGUAGGCCGUUGUGUUAACCAUUUGGUAUUAUAAUGAAGUCACUAACAACACUACAAUAGAAUCUUUUUCCUUUUCAUCUGCAAAUCAAUCUUUUGUUAGUAUUAUUUAUAUAAAGUGUAAGCCCUAAUCAUAGUAUUUUAUUUUCUGUUAAUAAAAUAAAAAUUAAACUUAA